AUGGGUAUAAAAUGUAGUAAACCAGAACAUCUUGAUGAUGAUCCGAAAGAUCCGCAACCACAGAUACGUGCUUACCUUCAAUGCAACUAUGAUCCUCGAGGAAUGAUUCGAUAUUAUGGUAUUACUCGAGAUCCUCAAACAAAUGACUAUAUGGUCGUCAGUGAAUUUGCAAAUGGAAAUUUACAAACUUAUCUUAGACGGAAUUAUCAUUUACUAAAUUGGGAAAAGCGGAGAUCGACGGAUGUAUGCAAUUCUUUUCGUAAUUAUGACAUUAAUGUGAAUCCACGGCAGCAACAUCUUGAUAGAUUAAAUUGGAGAUUUCAUCCACAAGCUUGUUAUACGAGUAGACUGCUUAAUUUUGUUAAUCUUCCUGAACCUACGAAUUUUUUUACUCGAUAUCGGUAUGAUUCUGCAUUUGGAAGUGUUACUCGAGAAAGUCUCAAUAAAACAAAUUCUUAUAUUGACGAAAAAUUCGAAGAUGACAUACAUUGGAUGAUUACUAUUAAAGUACCUAUUCCAUUCAGAUACCCAUCAUUCCCCUUAUUUCCAUUAAUUGAACUAUUAUACACAUAUAGCCCUUCAAGUUCUCAAGUUGAUCUUGAACAAUUAAGAACUCCCUCAAUGGCACUAUCAGAUCCUAUAUAUACAUCACUCUUGCGUAAACACUUUCGAGCAGAUAAGAUAUUUUUUAGUGAAUCAGAAAUCAGUUCAGACAAUGAAAGUUCUUAUUCACAAGAAAUUACGGAUGUAGCGUCAACGAGGUACUCCAGAGCAAUAUCCACCGAACUUGAACGUCGAGCAACACCUGAAGUAGGAGGUAAAACAUCGCGAUACUCGUUAGCAUUAGUGGCUGAACUUCAACGAUGUACUACGUCAGAAAGUUGGAACAGGCAACAACGGAAAGAAAAAAAUUAUAUACCGACUAUGGGAACAACAUUUAAUAAUACAAGGAAUAUGUCAUCGAAUAAUAAAAGACAGAAUAAUCUUAGAAAAAACAUGUAUCAUAGAUAUGAUCAUAAUGUAUCUGAUAAAGCACGAAAAGAAAUGGUACAAACUUAUUAUUCUUCGCGUAAAUAUUCAACGAAAUCACCACCACCACAACUUUCGGAUCAACAUUUGGUUCAAGAUGAUUAUGACACAUAUCAGGAUUCUGAAAAAGAAAAUGAAGAAAGUAAAGGAAAUGUCGAAGAAAUUAAAAAUAUAGUAGAUCUGGAAAAUAUAGAUGUGUUACAAUUUGUUAGAAGACAACCUACUCAGCAAGAAGAGAAAAAACCACAUCUAUAUUCGUAUCAAAGUUUGAUCAUAGAACAACCUCUACAGACUCAACACCAAUUCCACCGAUUCGUGUAUAAAUUAUUAAAAUGGAAUGGUUAG